UCUGGAUAAAUCCACAUUUGUACUCGAAAACAACCCAGUCGUAGAAUUUGAAGUUUACACACUACAAUGGAGUGUUUGAAAUCCUCGUUUCUAUUCUCCACACCAUUGUUACCGAAGAAGAAGAACAAACCCAUUAUUCGCAGCCAAGUACAGCGCGACCCAUGGUCCCCCAGAACCACCGACCCAACAAAACCAAAACCACCAUACAUCCACCCUAAAAAGCCUCUCUCCGACGACAACGCACGCCGCAUAAUCAAACGCAAAGCUCUAUACCUUAGCACUCUACGUCGCAACCAAGGUCCACAAGCUCAAACACCUCGUUGGAUUAAGAGAACUCCUGAACAAAUGGUUCAGUAUUUGCAAGAUGAUCGUAAUGGUCAAUUGUAUGGUAAACAUGUAAUUGCUGCUAUUAAGAAAGUUCGUUCUCUUUCCGAAAAGGCCGAUGGAGGGUAUGAUAUGAGGCUGGAAAUGAAUUCUUUUGUUACCAAACUUACUUUUAAGGAGAUGUGUGUUGUUCUUAAGGAACAAAAAGGGUGGAGACAAGUUAGGGAUUUCUUUGCUUGGAUGAAAAUGCAGUUGAGCUACCAUCCGAGUGUUAUUGCCUACACGAUAGUCUUGCGUCUAUAUGGGCAAGUUGGAAAGCUUAAUCUCGCUGAAGAGAUCUUCUUGGAGAUGCUCGAUGUAGGUUGUGAACCAGAUGAAGUGAUCUGUGGUACCAUGCUCUGUUCUUAUGCGAGAUGGGGGCGCCAUAAGUCCAUGUUAUCAUUUUAUUCGGCCGUGAAAGAAAGGGGAAUAAUUCUCUCUGUUGCUGUCUUCAACUUUAUGUUGUCUUCUUUGCAAAAGAAAUCACUCCAUAGAGAGGUUGUUCACGUGUGGAGGGAUAUGGUAACAAAAGGGGUGGUACCGGAUCAUUUUACUUACACGGUAGUCAUUAGUUCUCUUGUCAAAGAAAGGUUGCACGAAGAUGCUUUUGUGACUUUUGAUGAGAUGAAGAAUUACGGAUUUGUCCCAGAUGAAUCAACUUAUAACUUGCUUAUAAAUUUAAUUGCUAAAAAUGGAAACAGAGAUGAAGUGCAAAAACUGUAUGACGAUAUGAGGUUUCGUGGAGUAGCUCCCAGUAAUUACACUUGCGCUACACUUAUAUCUCUGUAUUACAAAUACGAGGACUACCCUAGAGUCCUCUCUCUCUUUUCAGAAAUGGCUAGAAACAAAAUUCCAGCUGAUGAAGUCAUAUAUGGUUUGCUUAUAAGAGUUUAUGGAAAACUUGGUUUAUACAAGGAAGCUUGCGAAACAUUUGAAAAGAUAAAGCAUCUGGACCUACUCACCAAUGAGAAAACAUACUUGGCAAUGGCACAAGUCCAUCUUACUUCAGGAAAUGUCGACAAAGCUUUCGAAGUUAUUGGACUCAUGAAGUCUAGAAACAUAUGGUUCUCUCCAUUUAUUUAUGUUGUCCUGCUACAAUGUUAUGUGGCGAAAGAAGAUGUAGUAUCGGCUGAAGGAACAUUCUCAGCUCUAUGCAAGACAGGACUGCCUGAUGCCGGUUCUUGUAAUGAUAUGCUCAAUCUGUAUGUCAGACUUAAUUUGAUAAACAAGGCAAAGGAGUUUAUCAUUCGAAUAAGGGACAACGGGACACCUUUUGAUGAGGUGCUUUACAGGAAAGUUAUGAAGGUUUAUUGCAAAGAGGGAAUGCUUCUGGAAGCUGAGCAGUUGACAAAUAAAAUGGUUAAGAAUGAAUCUCUUAAAAAUUGUAAAUUCUUCCGGACAUUUUAUUGGAUUCUUUGUGAACAUAAGGAGGAUGUGCAAAUUGAUGAUAAACUCGUCACCAUUAAGCCCACCAACAAACUUGAUGCUACAGCCCUUGAGAUGAUGCUCCGUGUAUAUCUGACAAAUAACAACUUCAGUAAGACAAAAAUGUUACUGAAACUAUUGCUGGGUUGUACAGGGGGGUCAAAAGUUGUUAGUCAGUUCAUUAUCAGUUUGACUAAAGACGGAGAAAUCAGCAAAGCAGAAUCACUCAAUCAUCAAUUGAUUACCCUUGGCUGCAGAACGGAAGAAGUCAAUGCAGCUUCUUUAAUUAGCCAUUACGGAAAACAACAUAAGCUGAAACAAGCUGAAGAUAUCUUUGCAAAAUAUGUAAAUUCCCCAAUAUCUAGUAAACUACUGUAUAACUCUAUGAUUGAUGCAUUUGCUAAAUGUGGCAAACAAGAAAAAGCAUAUUUGCUAUAUAAGCAAGCAACAGUGAAAGGACUUGAUUUGGGUGCUGUUGGUAUUAGCAUUAUUGUAAAUGCUUUGACAAAUGAAGCAAAAUAUCAGGAGGCCGAGAAAAUUAUCUCUCAGUGCCUUGAAGAAAACGUGAAACUUGAUACAGUGGCUUACAAUACCUUUAUAAAAUCCAUGCUUGAAGCAGGCAAAUUGCAUUUCGCAUCUAGUAUUUUUGAGCGCAUGUGUUCCAAUGGCGUUGCUCCAUCAAUUCAAACAUACAACACUAUGAUAAGUGUCUAUGGAAAAUAUCACAAGUUGGAUAGAGCUGUGGAGAUGUUCAACAAAGCUCGCUCAUUGGGUGUCCCUUUGGAUGAAAAAGCAUACAUGAAUUUGAUAGGCUAUUAUGGGAAAGCUGGUAUGGUACGCGAAGCGUCACAGUUGUUUAGUAAAAUGCAAGAAGAAGGGAUUAAACCUGGAAAGAUCAGCUAUAAUAUUAUGAUCUAUGUGUAUGCAAAUGUUGGAGUUCAUCAUGAAGUAGAGAAGCUUUUCCAAGCCAUGCAGAGACAAGAUUGUUUGCCCGACUCUUCCACAUAUCUUUCAUUAGUCAAAGCAUAUACAGAGAGCCUAAAUUACUCCAAAGCUGAGGAAACCAUACAUUCUAUGCAGAGCCAGGGUAUUUCACCAUCCUGUGCCCAUUUUAAUAUUUUACUAUCGGCAUUCAUAAAAGCUGGGCUGAUUGAUGAAGCCAAGAGGAUAUACGAGGAAAUAUCAACUUUUGGUUUAAUUCCCGAUCUCAUAUGUUACCGAACAAUUCUGAAAGGUUACCUGAAAUAUGGACGUGUAGAAGAAGGAAUCACCUUUUUUGAAAGUAUAUGCAAGUCAAUCAAAGGGGACAAGUUCAUCAUGAGUGUAGCUGUGCAUUUAUACAAAUCCGCAGGAAUGGAAAACCAGGCAAAAGAACUACUGAGUUCGAUGAAUAAGAUGAAAAUUCCUUUUCUCUGGAAACUUGAAGUUGGAUCGGCAGGAGUGAAAGUUCCUUGAGAUAUAAGGAGUACUUGAGAAAUGCAUGUAUUCUUGAGAAGCAAUAUGGUAACAGAGAAGGGCUAGCAAUGACCAUGGAGCUAGCUUGUAUAUAACUUGGUCAACCUAGUAAUGUUAAUGACGGUACCAUGAUUCUGGCUGCAUAUACUACUGGCAUUAAUGAUUGAACAAUUUGAACCCUGGCAUUAAUGAUGAGUCAAUGAAUUCUGUAUAUGCCAAGAAAGUCUUUAUACUCAAUACCUCCCAACUAAAGGAAGUUGGACCAAGGAGAAACAUGUGUAACUAUCAUCAUAGGAGAUUGUUUAGUGAGGUUACUUGUGAACAUAUGAGGUUCAUGACUCAAUGUUUGGCCUCAGCUUUUUCUCUCAGGCAUGGUUGUUAAAAACAAGUUUUAACUCAUAAAUCGCCCGAUUUCAUAUUUCUAGGUAUGAAUUUCGAGUUAAAUAGCUUGUAAAAUCGAAUAUGGAUAAAAUAUGCUCUAGCUGGACCCGAGUUACAACGUGGUAAACUCUUUGAAAUUGGAUAGAAUUCGAAGAAAUUAACUCGAUUUUACCCAA